CUCUCUCUCCCUGGGCUACAGCAGCUACAGCACAAUGCAGCUUCCUGCUCACGACUGCUGACCGGCUUUCUCUCUCUCUCUCUCUCUCUCUCUCUCUCUCUCUCUCUCUCCCUCUCUCUCUCUCUCUCUCUCUCUCUCUCUCUCUCUCUCUCUCUCUCUCUCUCCGGCGUCCGAUCAUGUGCCUCAGCUACCGGCUCCAGCAGUGCUUCUCCACCACCUCUCCUCUCCUGCUCUUCCGUUCUCCCUGCUCCUGACACACGCCCCCCCCCCCCCCCCCCCCUCUACUAUCGCGGCGUUCAUAACAUCCUUUUCUUCCCUCCUUCCCGGCUCCCUUCUGGAUUGUUUAAACCGUGCCUCAGGGAGCCGCUGCAGCGGGCAGACCGGCCGGUGGUAAGAGGAGCUGGUGGUGGUGGUGUUGGUGGUGGGGGGGGGGGUCCGGAGACAGCGGCGGCAGCUCAGAGACAGCAAGAGAAAGGGAGAGAGGCCCCCUUUUCUCCCCCUUUCCCCUCUCCAUUCAUUCCUUCUAGCGCUCCCCUCCUCCGGCCCUCGCUCCCUCGCUCGGGGAGGGGAAAAGCCGGCAGCCAUGGAGCCCCCGGCCGGCGGCGUGGCCCUGGCCCCCUCCACGCUCAGCCCCGCCGUGCCCACCUACGUGACUCUGGGGCUGACGGUGGUCUACACGGCCCUGUACUCGCUCCUCUUCGUCGGCGUGUACUCCCAGCUCUGGCUGGUGCUGCGGUACGGACACAAGCGGCUGAGCUACCAGACGGUGUUCCUGUUCCUGUGCCUGCUGUGGGCCGCCCUGCGGACCGUGCUCUUCUCCUUCUACUUCCAGGACUGCGUGAGGGCCAACACGCUGGGACCCCUGCCCUUCUGGCUGCUGUACUGCUGCCCCGUCUGCCUGCAGUUCUUCACCCUCUGCCUCAUGAACCUCUACUUUGCCCAGGUUGUUUUCAAGGCAAAGUCAAAAUAUGACCCAGAGCUGUUGAGAUACAGGCUGCCCCUCUACCUGCUCUUCCUCUCCAUCAGCCUGCUCUUCCUCCUGGUCAACCUGGCCUGCGCUCUGCUGGUCAGGAUGACGGCGGCCGACCCACGGGUCGUGGUGCUGGUGCGGGUCACCAUCAACGACACGCUCUUCGUCCUGUGCGCCGUGUCCCUCGCCGCGUGCCUCUACAAGAUCGCCAAGAUGUCCCUGGCCAACGUCUACCUGGAGUCGAAGGGGACCUCCGUGUGCCAGGGGACAGCGAUAGGCGCUACGGUCAUCCUGCUGUACGCCUCCAGGGCCUGCUACAACCUGGUGGUGCUGGCUCUGUCCAGCAACACCAUCAACUCCUUCGACUACGACUGGUACAACGUCUCGGACCAGGCAGAUCUGCGGCUCACCCUGGGCGAUGCCGGCUACGUUGUGUUCGGCGUGGUCCUGUUUGUGUGGGAGCUGCUGCCCACCUCUCUGCUGGUCUACUUCUUCAGGGUGCGACGCCCCUCCCAGGACAGGAGCGGCCCGGGUCUCUCUGGCCAUGGGUUCUCAUCAAGAGCGUACUUCUUCGAUAACCCCCGGCGCUACGACAGCGAUGACGACCUGGCCUGGAGCAUCAUCCCCCAGAACAUCAGACCCAGUGUGACCGCUGAUAGCUGCGACUGGGGCAGCCAGAGCAGCAGCAUCACUGCCUACAUCGGGGGGGAGGAGCCUCUGUUCCAGGCCCCGCCCCCAGAGGAGCUGAACCCGUACUGAUGGACAGCUGACCUGACCUAUCAGGCACCCACUGUUUUUGCACAUGACUCAGAGACAAACAGAGGCACAUAUCAGGGACGUCACCCUGGACUUUAUACAUUUGGGAUUCUUUUUUUUGAUGGCCCUAUUUUUUUGGGUCUGCAAACAAGAGUUAACAGAGUUUUUUAUACAGAUAUAUUCGAGUCCUUAAUUGGGACAUUAACUUGCACAAUAUGGUAAAAGAAGUAUAGCUAUUCUGACUCAUUAGUUAGUACAUAGUUGAUGCCAAAUAUCUAAUAUAUUUCUGUGUUUUGGUUAGUCCGAUGUGUUCCAUUAUAAAAUGUAUUUACAUUGAUACAUAGACUGUGAUUAGUUUAUAUAAUAGAUUUGUUGAAUUCAUAAUAAAGGGAGUUUUAUUCUGUGUA